AUGUCGAAGCUCUUGGCCCUCCCCACCCUCCUCCUCCUCCUCCUCGCAUCCACCGCCGUCGACGCCCGCGUCAUCAAACGCAUGCAGCAUCGCCGCGCCCUCUUCGACGUGGCCGCAGCCUGCAAAACCACGUCUUACCCCCUCCUCUGCCAGUCCCUCCCGGCGGACUCGGCCUCCCUCAAGGACCUCACCAGCACCGUCGUCUCCGCGGCGGCGGAUAAGGCCAAGGAGGCUCAGGACGAGGCGGCGAAGCUGAUGGCGGAGCCGGAGACGUCCAACACAGUGAGCCAGUCGCUGGGCGUGUGCCGGGCCAACUUCGACUCGGCCGUCGACAGCCUGCGGGGGGCGGCCAAGAACUUGAAGGAGGCAGCGUCGCACGCGGACCUGAUGAGCAACCUCUCCGCCGCAACCGCCUUCGUGGAAACGUGCAACGACGCGUUCGCCGAGCGGGGGUUGAAGUCGCCGGUGGCCAAGACGACGGAGCUGCUGGGGAAGUUGGUCAGCAAUUGCCUUGACUUGGGAUCCGCCUUGCAAUGA